GGCACCGCAGCAAAGCAAAACACAAAAACACAGAAGGCAGGCCAAACGGCCUGCGUCUCCUCCUCUACCUUUUAGAGUCUCUCUUUGCUCUCUCUCUCUCUCUCAUCUCGGUGGGAUUUAUUGUUCUUGAUUUGCUUGAGUUAUUGGAUUCGAACCGUAUCUCCCUUUCCCCGGUGGAUCGUAGCUUGGAGGGGAGGAGUGGGGGUUGGGGGGGAGGAGAGGUGCUUCCUGUCCGAAGAGGAAUCCGGGGAAUGAUUGGAGGAGUUUAGGUUUUUCGAUCGGAGAAUGCGGCGGCUAGGAUGCGACGACGAGGCCAUAGGGGCCACCGGACGAGGCGGGGACGCGGUGGCGGAGGAUGGAGGCAAGCCGGCUGGAGUGGCGGUUCCCCCGGCGGCGGACCAACAUGCCAGGAGUAGGUCUCAGGGAGGCGGCCCCGGCGGUCGGAGAGUCGCCCCUGCCGCUGGUCCCUCGGACGAGGCGAUGGUGGUGGAGAAGGUGCUCCUGAGCGGGGACAUGUGCACCGGGGAGUUCGUCCGGAACUCCCCCCACCGACGGGGGAAGUGCCUUCGGGCCGACUGGUGCAUGCACGAGGGGGAGUGGCGGCGGGGGAAGGCUUCCGGGAAGGGGAAGUUCUCGUGGCCCUCCGCCGUGACCUUCAGGGGCGAGCUCCGUUCCGGCCGGAUGGAUGGCUUCGGGGCCUUCACCGAGUCGGAGGGCAACGCCUGCCCCGGCUCCUGUGUCGCCGGCCGAGAGCACGGGUACGGAUGCAAAUGGUACUCCAACGGAGACUAUUACGAGGGCGGCUGGUGGCGCAAUCUACAGGAGGGCCGCGGCCGGUACGUGUGGCGGAGCGGGAACCAGUACGUCGGCGAGUGGCGGAACGGCGUAAUAUCCGGCCAUGGGGCUCUCAUCUGGGCCAAUGGCAACCGCUACGACGGCCACUGGGAGGAUGGCGUGCCGAAGGGGAGCGGCGUGUUCACUUGGCCCGACGGCAGCUGCUAUGUCGGUAGCUGGAGCAAAGGCGACCCGAAGAGCCUCGACGGAACCUUCUACCCUGCCGUUUCCACUGUCCGGAAGGAGAUCGCCGGAAAAAGAAGCCUAUUCUCGCCUUUUGAUGAAACAUUCGUGCUGCCGUCGGUGUCAGCGUCAAGAAAGAGAUUGUCGGUGGAUGGAGGAGCACUGGGGCGGAGGAGCUCCACUGCAGAGAAGAACUUCCCCAGGAUCUGUGUCUGGGAAUCAGAAGGCGAGGCCGGUGACAUUACAUGUGAUAUUAUUGAUACAAUCGAGGCUGCAAUGCUCUACAAGAACAGGGUUUCCAUCCAUCGGGAUGAUCGAACUCCCAUUGGUACGGUGCACCAGCGGCCGAGUCCGCCUUGCUUGUCGACGAGAGAGGGAAAGAAGCUGGGGCAGACAAUACUGAAGGGCCACAAGAACUACGAUCUGAUGUUAAACCUUCAAUUAGGCAUCAGAUACUCUGUUGGGAAGCCAGGUUCAAUGAGAGAGCUCAGAGCAGCAGAUUUUGAUCCCAGGGAGAAGUUCUGGACGAGGUUUCCUCCUGAGGGGUCAAAGAUUACUCCGCCACACCACUCCAUUGAGUUCCGGUGGAAGGAUUAUUGCCCCAUGGUUUUCAGACACUUGAGGAAGUUGUUUAAUGUGGAUCUGGCAGAUUACAUGCUAGCUAUAUGUGGCAAUGAUGCUUUGAGAGAACUGUCUUCACCCGGGAAGAGUGGGAGUGCCUUCUACCUAACUCAAGAUGAUCAGUUUAUAAUUAAGACCGUAAAGAAAUCCGAAGUGAAGGUACUUAUUAGGAUGUUACCCAAUUACUACCGACAUGUACGACGGUACAAGAACUCAUUGGUCACGAAGUUUUAUGGUGUGCAUUGCGUGAAGCCAAUUGGUGGGCCGAAGGUGCGUUUCAUUGUAAUGGGCAAUUUAUUUUGUUCCAAAUAUCACAUUCAUAGAAGAUUCGACUUGAAAGGAUCAUCCCAUGGCAGAACUACUGACAAGGUCGAGGAAGAGAUUGAUGAGAUGACAACCCUCAAGGAUCUUGACCUCAACUACGUAUUUCGCUUGCAAAAAUCUUGGUACCUAGAGCUUCUGGAGCAAAUAAAGCGGGAUUGUGAAUUCUUGGAAGCAGUGGGGAUUAUGGAUUAUAGUCUCCUGUUGGGUCUUCACUUCCAUUAUGAUGUUUCAGCAUCUUGGACAGGCUUAUCACCAUGUUCAGCUUCUCCAAAAUAUCGAAGGGCUUGGUCUGACUUGCGGUUCUCAAAGUCAACCCGUCAAGAUAGGGAUCUGACAGUGGAUGGCCGGAAACCAUUGAUUCGACUAGGCUUAAACAUGCCAGCGAGGGCAGAGCACACAGCAAGAAGCGAGUCUGAUGCAUUACUUGCUAGUGGAACCCAAAGCGACAAGAUCCAUGAUGUGAUUCUCUACUUUGGAAUAAUAGAUAUCCUCCAGGACUAUGAUGUCACUAAGAAGCUGGAGCAUGCCUACAAAUCCUUGAAGGUGGAUUCCAAUUCCAUCUCAGCAGUUGAUCCAAAGCUCUACUCGAGGAGGUUCCAAGAUUUCAUCAGGCGAAUAUUCAUGGAAGAUGACUAAUUUAAAGAGAGAGAGAAAAAGGGAGAUGCCAUAUGUUCAUCUUCAGGCAACACAUAUGUUGCUUCCAAACUCCUAAACUUGGAAAAUGCCAUAUGAAGGAAAGUCUGCCUCUCACCGGGAAGCAAAUUAAAGGUUGUUACUAAAGGAGGCAGAGGAGGAACAAAAUGUUAUAAAGUUCUGUUCAGCUGUAAAAAUGUGCAGCGAUCAACAAGUCGAACCUAAGAGGUUCAAGUUGCGCCACUGCAAGAAUUUAAAUGUUAAAGCUCAGCAAUGGACACUCAGGUCUUGGGAAUCUGAAUCCCAGAGCUUCACCGUCCAUCAGAUUCGAGAAGGUUGCUGGCUGUUGGCACUUGAAUGCUGAAGCUCAGAGAUUUACAUAUGCAGAUUUCAGUAGCAUGAAUUCGGGAGCUUCAAGUGACCAAAGCUACAGGUGGUUGGUUGGCUGAAUUUUGAAUUCUCAGCCAUGGGGUAAGUUUGGGACAUGUUAAUGAGGGUGAGCAGUGCUGGAUUCCAUUAGUUUUCUUCUCUUUCUUUCUUUUGUGUUCGAGACAGAGAAAACAUCAGUUUUGCUUCCUGGAUAAAAGAGAAGGUUGAGAAAGGCAUCGAAUAAGACAGGUACAUAUAGUAUAGUAUAGGAUGAUGAUGACCAUGGUUAAAUCAAGCUCAAAAAAGUCUCCCUCAUAAUGCUGUGUUCUGUGGCUACUCUCCUCUUUAUCUGCUUUCUUUGCUGCUAAUGUCUGUUGUUUAUCUUUUCUUUUUCCAGUACUGGAUGUCUCCCUCCCAACCAAGCUUUGCUCCCUCGUCUCACAGCUUAUGACAAGGAAGGGGGGGGGUGGGGGAAGAGCAUUGGAAGUGGAAAAAAGAGGUGCGAGGGGAGAAAUGGGCAUCAAAAGCAGAGAAAAAGUGCAACGACGAAGAUGCGGUAGCCGAUCACCUCUCUCUACUUUCUCCUUCCUCAUCUCUCUCUCUCUCUCUCUUUCACUUGCUGUCAUUCAAUAUCUCCUAUGAAUUCUUUUUCUUUUCUUAUCCUUUUGGUCCUUCAGCUUUCCCUGUGUUUGACCGGACUGAACUUUGGAGAGAAGAACAGAGCCAGCCGUAAUAUAUCAUCCUUGAAUCUUUGGUGAAUCAAAAGAGUCAUUAUUUAGCAGACUGUCUUCCUCCUCUCUCACCUACGCUUCUCUGUAGAGCCAUUAUCGAGGUCAAAGGCCGUGUCAGGUCUCAAGCUUUGCCGUACUUCCUUUUUCAUGUCUCUUUUCCACUGUUAAACCCAGUACUGGGUUGGAAGCUAAAAUAAUGUUUGUUUAUAGAUUGCUUGUGAACACCACCUCUG